AUGGAGGUGCGACUGUAUAAAAGUAUUAGUUAUACUAUAGUUGAUGGUAAUAAUCAAUCCAAUAUAAGGCUUCGUGUUGGUGAUGUUAUAAAUAUUUUAGAAGAUAUAUCAGAUGAUAGAGAAACUGAACUUAAAACAAUAACUUCUUAUGCACAAAUUCGGGCAAUUUUUCUCCACACAAAAGAUCAGUUACAAAUUCCUUUUUUAUUGUUAAACUGGUUUAUUUCACUGGGUAUUAAUGAUUCAAAAUUAGGUUGUCCCCGAUAUAGACUUCAGCAAUUAUCAGAUCAAACUUGGCGUCGAAUUUAUGCAAUUAAAUGGAUAGAUCACCAACCUAAUAACCAUUUUAUACAUCAGUGUCGAAAAACAGGUUGUGAAAAUGGAAAUCAUGAUAAAACCAAUGUAUAUUAUUUGCAUAAUAUCUUUUAUUAUACUGCUAUAUAA